CGCUGGCGUGCCAGGGGUCUUCGUGAGGCUCGACUCAUGCCGUACAACAUGGCGGCGCUGUGGAGGCGGCGCCCACGCUUCCGAUUUGAGCCUCGGCUGUACUGUACGGCACGGGCCCUGUCAGGGAAGUACGAGUACGAUCUCCUGGUUGUUGGAGGAGGGUCUGGCGGCCUUGCUUGCGCGAAAGAAGCUGCUCAGUUUGGAAAUAAGGUGGCUGUCUUAGACUACGUGGAUCCUUCUCCAAAAGGCACCAAAUGGGGACUCGGCGGUACUUGUGUGAACGUUGGCUGCAUCCCUAAAAAGCUUAUGCACCAUGCAGCCCUUCUGGGAGGCGCUCUCAAAGAUGCCCAACGCUAUGGCUGGAGCAUACCUCAGCCCAUGACCCAUGACUGGUCUACAAUGGCAGAAGCUGUUCAAAACCAUGUGAAAUCGUUGAACUGGGGACACAGAAGGCAACUGCAGGAUAAAAAAGUGAAAUAUUUCAACUUGAAAGGCAGCUUCGUGGAUGCUCACACAAUUCGCGGGUUGUCCAAAGCAGGUCAAGAGACUUUGCUCACAGCAGAAAACAUAGUCCUUGCCACUGGAGGGAGGCCUAAAUAUCCUGCAAAUAUUCAUGGGGCGCUGGAGCAUGGGAUUACAAGCGACGAUCUCUUCUGGCUGAAAAAAUCUCCUGGGAAAACGUUGCUUGUUGGAGCCAGCUAUGUUUCCCUUGAGUGCGCUGGCUUUCUCACAGGCCUCAGAUUGGAUACUACGGUCAUGAUGAGGAGCAUCCCUCUUCGAGGAUUUGACCAGCAAAUGGCCGCCUUAGUAACAGAUUACAUGGAAGCCCACGGCACCAGGUUUUUAAAGAAAUGCACCCCAACCAAAGUGGAGAAGGUGGAAAAUGGCAGAGUACGGGUCAGGUGGAAACAUGGUGACUCUGGCAAAGAAGAAACAGAUGAAUUUGAUACACUGAUAUGGGCAGUAGGCCGACAGCCUGACACCAAGACCCUUAAUCUGGAGACUGCGGGUGUGAAAAUUAACUCUGCAACGGGAAAGAUCAUUGUUGAUGCAAGCGAAGCCACUUCUGUUCCUCACAUUUAUGCAGUUGGAGACAUUACAGAGGGUCGUCCUGAACUAACACCGACGGCAAUCGCUGCAGGGAAGCUGCUGGCUCGGCGUUUGUUUGGCCAGUCGAAAGAACUAAUGGAUUAUGACAAUGUGCCCACAACUGUUUUCACACCCCUGGAAUAUGGAUGUGUAGGUCUCUCGGAAGAAGAAGCCUCAGGCCAUUUGGGGCCAGAUAACAUAGAGGUAUACCAUGCAUUUUAUAAGCCUUUGGAAUUUUAUGUGCCUGAAAGAGAUGCUGCCCAGUGUUAUAUAAAAAUGGUGUGUUCACGUGCCCAAGAACAGCAAAUCCUUGGCCUUCAUUUCAUUGGUCCAAAUGCAGGCGAAGUUAUUCAGGGCUUUGCCCUUGGAAUCAAAUGCGGUGCUACCUAUUCACAAAUGCUGAAGACGGUUGGCAUUCACCCGACUUGCGCCGAGGAAGUCACAAAGAUGCACAUUACGAAGCGGUCGGGCUUAGAUGCAACCGUCACUGGCUGUUGAGGUUAGCUGCCAUCCCUGGGGAAGCCAGUGAAAGAGCACGUGGCAGAAGGUGUAUAAAGAGCAUGGGACGGCUUGAAGACACGCGAAGCCUGGAGCUACAGACGUAAAUCUAGAACUGUGCCGAUGGGCUGGAACCGACGGCAAGGCUGGGAGAGAUGGAAAUGAAUGGGAUUUGCUCCUUUCCUGACGGAUUCUGCCUCUUGCUCUCCAGGGAUGGCUUUUUGUAACAAUAUCGGCCUGGCUAAUGUUGACUCGAAGGGUCUGAUGGAUGAUUCGGAUUAUUUCCUGCAGGCUCAAAGCUGGAAAAUGUGUGUUUAGCCAAACACAACGCAGUUAGUCAGGCUGCCCCACUGGAUGCCAGCUAAUGACGUCUUGUGUAUUAAACCCCACAGUGGAGAAGACAAGUCUGAUGUUUGCUGGGUCCUUCAUCAACACGCGCUACAUUUAUCAUUAGCAACUGGAUGGAAAAAUAAAAAGUGCUUCUUCCCCUAGA